AUGCCACGAUCAGUUCUUGAGAGUUCUGAAGAAAAGAUCUAUGGCUUUAAGUUGAUCAGAUUGAUUGUUGAUGGAGGAACAGAGGCAUUGAGAAAUAUCUUCUUGAACAUACACCCAGGUAAUUUGCAAAGUAUUUUGUCUAUUCAUCAUCCUACACUUCAACGACUUUUUAAAAUUAAAAAGAAAAUAAUCACGCAACCACAAUGGGAUAAACUGUAUCCACACACUCCUAAAAUUCCAAACAUUAAGGAAUUUGACAUAACAUUACUUGUUAUUUUGUUACGAAACAUUUGUGGCAUAUCCCCUCCUAGUACAGGGUGGAAUGUUAUGCCACACCCAGCUGACAAUUCUCGUGAAGCUGACAUUGUUCGUAUUAAAUUAUUUCGUAAUAAUUGUUUUGGUCAUGUCCAUAGAACAGCUGUUAGUAAGUCAGAUUUCGAGGCUGAUUGGGCUGAGCUUAGUUCGGCUUUACGUCGUUUGGGAUUCGGUCAAGCAGAAAUAGAUAGGUUAAAGACAGAAGAAUGUGGAGAGGAGGAAGUAGAUCGCGUGAGAAAAGAAUGGAGUGAAAUUGGGAGAGAAAUUGUGACAAAACUAAAUGAGCUUGAAAAAAAUCUAAAACAAGGCAAAUUUUACACAGAUGAUAUUAUUAGUGAGUGCCUUCAUUGGUGUGAGUUUAAGAAAGAAAUACAAUUAUUACAUGAAAAGUACACUGUAGGCACUCGUGAGUGGGUUUUUCAGCAGGUAUCGACAUGGUUGAAUGACAAAUUGUCUGAUAAUCGUGCAUUCAUUAUUACUGGACAAGCUGGAAUGGGUAAAUCUAUUAUCGCCGCGGUUAUAUGUAGACGUUUCCCGAAACAAUUUGGAGCAUGUCAUUUCUUCAAAUAUGAUAAUAGUAGGUACAAUAAUCCAACGUUUCUCCUUCAGUCUUUGGCGUGGCAGUUGUGUAGUGUCUUUACAGAAUACAGGCGAAACCUUGUUGUCAAACUUUCUGGUAAUAAAGGAAAAAUAUUGGGCAAUGAGAAUAUUGAAGGGUUGUUCUCAAUGCUGUUUGAAGAACCAUUUACAAACAUUCCCGAUCCAGGUAAGCAUUUCUUAAUUGUAAUAGAUGCGCUAGAUGAAUGCCGGCAAGACGAAAAGCACAAUCUUGUUGAUUUAAUUACCAAACAUUUCCACAAUUUUCCCAGGUUUAUUCGAUUUUUAAUAACGACACGAUCGGAAGAAAAUAUCGCCGGUGGACUUCGUGAAUUAAACCCAUUGUUUCUAAAGUCUGAUGAUGAACGAAAUUUAAAUGAUCUUCAACUUUUUUUUGACAAUACAUUAAAAACUACAAUGGAGCAUGUACCUCGAGAAAAACUUGUCAAGAAAUUAGUUGAGAAAUCUGAAGGUUUGAUGCUUUAUGCAUCCUUUCUUUGUAAACUUUUUGAAGACAGCUCCAUCAAAACAAAGAUUGAAACUUUACCUCAAAGUAUUGAAGACAUCUACAAAUCAUAUUUCAUUCGCCUCGAAAACGAACUUAAAAUCUUAAGCAUUGACGAGGCCAAAUUUAUGUCACUCUUAACUGUAAUAGCAGUUGCAAAACAACCCCUUCCACUAACACUUAUUGAAAGAUUGCUUACGUCUGAAAAAGAUUUACUAAGUGGAAAAAAGUUGUUACCGAAAUUAGUCAGUUGCAUCUCUUCGCUCCUUGUCAUCAAAGAGAAUUGUGUGUCAUUUUUCCACAAAUCAGUAAAGGACUGGCUAGUAAAGACUAAUCAUCGUUUUACAAUCAACGAAAAAUAUGGGCAUAAAAUUCUCGCUGAUAUUUGCGCUUAUCAAAUGAACACAUUGAAGACAAAUGAAGUAAGAUUCACAUAUGAUGAUUUUGCAGUCAAAUAUUCAUUGCAGUACGGAAUACCACAUAUGAUACAGGCCGAAAUACAAGACAUGCAAUCUCAAUCAAAAUUGCUAGACUGCGUUACUGACUUGGAAAUUGUGCAUGCGUGUAUUUGUAUUGAUGUUUACAUAACAUUAAACAAUCUUGCCAAUCUAGAAAACCAUACGAAUAUGUGCCACAAUUUCAAUGAAAACGUAUUGGGAAAAAUUAAAACGCUCAUAAGUAUCAUACGAAAGUUUAUAUACAUUUUAAAAGAUAUUCCGCAUUCAUUUUUCCAGCAUGUUGUAGACGAAAAGCAUGAAAAACUUUCAUCCGAAGCAACUGUCUUGCUAAUGACACGCUACAGAGGGCUUGCGUAUUUCAACUCUGUAGACGAUGAAGAAAAUAUUAAAAGUGCAUUGAUAGGUCGUAUUUUCACUAAAGACAGAGUUUUAGAUGUUGACAUUUCACCGUCAGAAGAUUUUCUUAUUUGUGCAUAUAGCGAGGGAGUUGAGUUGUUUUCUCUCUUCAACUUUAAAUCUCUCUGGAAAAUUGAUGAAUUUGUUGUAGAGAUGAUUUAUCAUCCACCGGCUGAUCUGGCAGGAAUAUAUUACGGAACACCGCCCUCUAUUGUUUUUCAUCCCUUUAAAAAUGUAAUUUUUCCAGGACAGCUUGACCGUGUACUUAAUUUAGAGGGAAAAUUUGAACCUGGGCCGCUUACAGUCGAAGAAACAAAUUGUAAGUUUACAAAUUGCAGUUAUUCUCAUGAUAAAAGCAAAAUGGCGACAAAUUACGGUAACUAUUUAACAGUUUGGAAUCUACUUGAUAAUAACAAAAUAACACGUCUUUUAUGUCGGUCUAAAUUAUACUCUAUUUUGUUCUCGGCUAAUGACAGAUUCUUAGCAACCACAAAUGUUGACGAACUUUGUAUUUAUGACACCGAAAAUAGUUACUGCAUGACAUCGCGGAUUUAUGAUGUUCUUGAUGAUCCUCCUUUCCUUAUUUCACCGUAUAAUUCAGAUUCCUGGUACUGUAGCGGAGAGAUUGUGAAAUAUGAUCUAACAAGAAAACCUGUUUCCAAGCGAUACAAGUUAUUGCCAAAGAACGCAAGGGCUGCCGCUGAAUUUCAAGCGUUUAUCGAAAGUGAUGAUCCGCGGCGGUUUCACACAAAAACGUAUCUUAACAUUUUCGUUCUCAGAAAUGGAGUCGCUGUAGCUUAUUGGUGUUACCAACAUGACCUAAAUAUGCUUAGUGUUACUGACCUUAUCCAGGAUUUCACGUUAAUGCAAAAAUCAGGUGUAGAUUCAUUUUCAAGGUGUUCUAUUUCGGUGGAUGGAAAAUAUAUUUACAAAAGCAGCCAACACAAUACUUUAGGUGUCCCAUACGGUAGUUUCGACAUCUGGAUGCUUAGCUGCAGUCAGUGUGUAAAAUACCAAAACGUGUGUCAGUUUAAGCAUGCUUUUACACCCUUUCUUCCAGUAACAGAUGGUAUCUUCUUUUGUGGAGAGGUAAGCGAACAUAUCGGGUAUGAUAGUGAGCUUGUAGAAAGUACUCCCGAGUUGUGGAAUUCUGAAGUGACGGAGCGUCUUUUCAGCUUUCCUGAACUGACUGGAACUUCUAAGUGUCUCUCAGUUGGGGAAGAUGUAAUAGCUUGCGUUUUGAAGUCACAGGUGUGUUUUCUUAAUGUUCGCACAAAUGAAAUUGUGACAAGUAUACCGUUAACUAAACACCGUUCUAGGUCAGUGCCAUAUCCCUUCGAAUCUAAAGUGGAAGUGAUUGCCUGCAGCAGUCAAUAUCAUGUGUUAAUGAAGAAUAACAAGGGUACGCUGUUGUUACAAGGUGAGAACAAUUUCCAGCCACUACCCCUUUUAGGGCUCAUAACCUCUGCUUGUUUCUCUCCUAAUGGGCAGUUAUUGGCGUUUGCUACAAGUGGCAAGAGAGAAAAUAGGUUGUACAUCUUGGACACUUCUACACUAAAAAUUAUUUGCGAAUUUUCUCUCUACUCCCCGGUUAGUCAAAUGCAAUUGCAUUUCCUUGACAAUGAACUACUUCUUUGUAAAAGAUUUAAAAGUUGUUUGUGUUUAAUUAGCAUUAAAACUUGUGAUGUUCUAACUUGCAUCAAUGUGGGUUUGAGUGAUAUUCCAUGGAUUUUUUCUGUAAGUCGUAAAACAGGAGCGAUUAUUGUUUAUUCCACAAACUAUGUCAAAGACAAAGAAUUUAAGCUAAUUAAACUUUGGUUACCACACGAACGUAAGGAUGUGAAUGAAUUACAAUGUUCUUGCUCAAUAGAUGCUGAAGGUGGUACAGAUUCUCUUAUCGACAUGUACAGUUUUCAAGCCGCCGAAAUUUACAGUUCGGUAGUUUCCAGUUGUUCUAUCAUGUAAUUCGGUAUACGAUAGAUGUAUAUUUGACAUUUGUUGUUUUUCCAGUUCAAAAAUUCGUCAAAACAUUAAUAAAUCUAUCAAAUUAAAGCAAAAAUGUGGUACGACAAUACACUAUGACUUAAUAAUAUGUACUUGUGAUGUAUAUACAAAUAUUUCCAAAC